GUAAUCAUUGUCGUAGACGUUUUUCGAUAAAAAUUUGAAUUUUUUUUUGUUUUAAAUUAAUUAAAUUACCUAAUAUUUUUAAUGUGUAAAAAGGUCUUAAGAAAUUCAGUACUUUUGAGAAUUGUACUGAUCUGUUGUUGCUGAAAAUUUUUUAAUGAUCUAAAAAUAUGUAGAAAAAUAAGAUAGUAUAUUUAUUUAUAAUCAACUAGUAUUGCUGAUUUAUUUUUAUUUCGAUCAAUUAGCAAUGAAGUGUGUCAUACCCAAGCAAAAUUUAAAAAUUCUAUCACGGGCAUUAAAUACUAUGUGUAGGAUUGGUGAAGAUUUGUAUAUUGAACCUAACUCUACUCAACUUGUCAUGCAUACCACAAAUAGUUGGCAUACAGUAUAUGCAUGGUUUACAUUUGAUUCAUCAUUUUUUUCUAGUUAUUAUUUUACUGAAGAUGAUGAACAAAAUAGUGAAAAUUCAUUGAAAUGUAAAAUUUCUCUUAAGUCUUGUAUUAUGAUAUUUAAAUCUCCUCAUCUUGCCCGAUGUUUGGAAUCUUGUCAUAUAGAAAUCAAAAAUAAUGUAGACAAUAUAACUAUACAAUUACGUUAUUCUAAUUUUUGUAUAAAAACUCAUUUGAUUCCAGUACUAGAAUAUUCAGCAUUGCAAGUUAAUCAAAAUGUAGAAUCAUCAUAUCUUCUCUGCAUUGAUUCUAAAGCAUUAUCAGCUGCUGUAAAACAUUUUCAGAAUAAUGAAACAGAUAUUACUAUGGAAGUAACAUCUGAAAAAGUCUUAUUAAGAAGUCACCCUGAAUCAUGUCGAGAUAUAAGAAAAAUGUUACGAACUGAAUUGAGUUUGCAAUCAUCAGAAUUUGAAGUAUAUGAUGUUGGUAAUGGAAGUUGUGUAACAUUUUGUUUAAAAGAAAUUCGACCAUUAUUAGCGUUUGCUGAACACAUAUCCAUUCCAGUAUCAAUUCGUUUCAGUACCCCUGGAAUGCCUAUGGUGUUUGGACUUAAAAAUGGCUUGACUUUUGAAGGACAGUACAUUUUAUCAACAAUGACUGAUAAUUUACUUACGGGUAAUGGUGGUUCUUUACCUAUUAGAAUUAAUGUAAAUGCUAUUGAAAAUACUCAAAGUAGUGAUGGAAGACAUGAAAAUAAUUUACCAAUUAAUCAUCAUACUCAGUUAGGUAAUUCACAUUUACGCACACCUAUGCGUGUUCAAGUAGAAUACCCGGAUAGUAUAUCUAGGAAAAGACGUAUACAAUCAAUUAGUGAUCAGCCAUCAAAAAAAUUUAACCCAAAUUCAAAAUCUAUUUUUGAACAAAAUUGUAUUGAUGAUGAUGAUGAACUAUUGUCUCAAAUUGUUGAUUUUCCAGUGAAUGAUGUACCCAGUGUAUCCGGUGUAAAUGAUGGCCAUUUAACACUUGGUCUGUCUGAAACCGGUCGUGUGUUUGCAAGGUGCUUAACUUUGCCAUUAAUAGAAAAAUCGCCAAAAAAAGGGAAAGUAAUUGUUUAUGAUUCAGAUGGAUUAGGAAGUGAAUCCGAAUAAACUAAUUAAUAGUCUAUUUUUAUGUACAAAUUAUUUUACAUAAAUAUAUAGAUUGAGUUAUAAAUAUAAAUAUAUGUUUUCAGUUGUAUCUAUUGUAUAUUUGUUAUCAAUUUGUUAUGUUUCAUUGAUUUUUAUUUUUUUCUGUUUAUACUACUAUAAUGUAUAAAUAUGACCAAUACUCAUUGCAGCAAUGGUAUAUCUAAUUCAUUAGAUGAUUAAUUUAAAAAAAUAAAAACUGUUACAAUUAAAUAAUAUAAACUACUAUAAAAUCAUAAAAGAAAUUAUUCAAUUGUUAAUAUAUAUUGUAUAAAUACUUGAUUGCAAUGACUAAAUAAUGUAAUGCAUUAUUUGAUCUGAAAUGUAAGCAUAGAUGUAAAUAAGAGAAAACUGGGGAUAUUAACCACUUCCCCAGAUAAAGAAUAACAAGAACUAUGGAACUAUAAUGGAAAUUAUAUAUACAGAAUGAUUCAUUUAUUAUAAACCACACAAUGUAUCUUAAAUAAUAAUAAUAACUUUGAGAAUACAUA